UCCCUCCUAUUUUGUUUUGUUGAAAAAAGAAAGAAGGCUUCCGUAAGGAACCAGCGAUGAGCUCAAUAACCGCAGCUUCUUCGUCGUCUCUUUGGCUUCUUCCCAAGCCUUCUCCUUCUAAAUUCUCCAAAUUCCCACCGUGUCCUUCCUUUUCUCCCUCGUCUCCACCGUGUUACCGUGUGGUUUGCCGUAGCGGAUCCCCUCAGCGCGCUUCCACCGACCUCAGUUCCGCCUUGCACGAUGCUCUCGACUCCACGGGAAUCGAUACCUCUCACGCCAGAGAGGCGAGGAAGAGUUUCGUUUUGCAAAUUCAGAAAUUAUCUGAUAUCGAGAGGGAAACUAGUAUUAGCAUAAAUAGAUGUGUUGAUCUGGGGAGAACAGCACUUUACAUAGCAGCGGAGGAUGAUUCUCUAAUUUCCCACUCUUCUGUUCCUCUGCCGGUGGAUGCUUUCCUUGAAAGAUUGGAUGAUCUUUCCAUGGGCUACUGCUCUCACUAUAACUCAUCAUGUAGAUCGUCACAGGAGAACUUUUUGGAGAGCAUAGAGAAAUAUUUAUUUGUCAAAAAGGGCUUCCGAAGAUCUAGUGCAAAGAAUCAAGCAGAGCCACGAGCCCUUUAUCUUCACUCGGUUUUGACACAUCGUUCAGGUUCUGCUGUAAUGCUUUCUCUUAUAUAUUCAGAGAUCCUGAAAAUGCUUCGCUUGUGGGGCCUUCUGGAUUUUGAUGUUGAGAUUUUUUUCCCACUUGAUCUUCAUGGUCUUCCUACAGCCUAUGAUAAGCAAAAAAGCAAAGAGUCUGAUCAGCCACACAUAAUGACAGUACAAAUGUUAAUGGAGGAGAUUUUGAGAAAUUUGAAGGAUGCUUUCUGGCCAUUUCAACAUGAUCAGGCUGAUAGUUUGUUUUUAAGGGCAGCACAUGCUGCUAACUGUAUUGAUAAAUAUAAUGGCAUUCAAGAGAGUGGCUAUCAGCUUGCAUCUGCAAAGGCUGCUCAACAUAGGCUAGAGCGGGGUGUUUGGACCAGUGUGCAUUUUGGGGAUAUGAGGCGUGCUUUGGCUGCAUGCGAACGUCUUAUUCUUCUACAAACCGAGCCAAAGGAAAUGAGAGAUUACAGUGUUCUCCUUUACCAUUGUGGAUUGUAUGAGCAGGCUCUGAAAUAUCUCGAGUUGUAUCAAGACACAAAGAGUUCUUCCUCAGAAAACCAGCCAACGAAUUCAGUAAGCAACCUAGAAGAAGAUGCUGUGCAGAAAUUGAUUGUACGUCUCAAUCUCAUUGCAAUGGAGGAAGGUUGGACCCGGCCAUCUUAUGUCAGAAAUUUUCUCGGCAACAACUCCGAGCCAUGGUAACGCCUUAGUACGUUGUACCACAUUAAAAACUGUUACUCAUCUUUUCUCAGAUGGAUAUUUAAAUUAGAGUUUAGUCUACAGAACAUAAGUUCACAUGUCUGGAAAAGGGUGUGGGAUCCCUAACGGGGUCCUAACAUAAGCCGGCACAGAGCCUAAGAUGGAUGGACCCGAAAUUAGAGAUGCAACAUAGGCAUUGACACUUGAAUAUUUGAACAUGGUUGGAACAUCACCAACCAAGCUAGUUCAUAUAUGAAUUUGACAGAGGGUUUCAGGCUCAGUAGUUCUUUAUCCCUGUACAGCACCAAAAGUUUUGUUUCCAGAAACCUUUGUAAAUGCCUGUAUCAUUUUCAUGCUGUUUGUAUUUAGCAAAGUAAUAAUAGAAAAAAGUCUGUGUUUAAUGAGUAAUAUAUGCAAUUGUUGGACCACAAUUGAUGUACUUCAGUUA